GACAUCGGGACGAUGUCGGAGGCUUACAAGAAGGUGAAGGCCGGGAGGCUCGUCUUCAAGGGCGGCGACGUCGCUGGCGUCGACAAGAAGAAGCGUAAGAAGAAGAAGAAGGCGGAAGCCGACGCGGAAAAGAAUCCCUUCGCUGCGGGGGAAGACGCCGACGGGGAGUCGGCGUCGGCCGGGGCAGAGGCGUACACGAUCGACGCGGCGAAGCGGAUGAAGUACGAGGAGCUCUUUCCCGUGGAGUCCAAGAAGUUCGGUUACGACCCCGCCAACAAGUCCCGCACGAGCGCCCGCACGAUCGAGGAGGCGCUCGACGACAGGGUCAAGAAGAAGGCUGACCGCUACUGCAAGUGAUCGAUCCUCUCGCUUCUUGUCUCGGGUGCGAUGAGAAUUUUAGGGUUGUUGUCGUCUAUUUUCCUUGCUGAUUCACCAGGGACGAUAGUCAUCAAACAAGAUUGCAGUCAAGAAGAUGUUAGGAGCAAAGAUUACGACUGAAUUUUAUAUUAGCCCUGUUAGUAGCACCUUGAGAUGCCUUGUAAUUGUAUCAGUUGCACUGCUUAUGAUGUUGGGAUCCAAACGCUCUGCAAGUCGCAAAUCCUGUAACAAUGCUUUUUAUCAGAUUCCCAACACCUGUUCUAUGCAUUGCUCGAAUGUACUUUGAAGGGAUCAGAUAUUUCAUCAGCCAGUCUAUGAACUGGUUUAUCUUCUCCUAAUGUCUAUAAUUUGUGGUUCAAGUCA